UUCUCUGCGAGCAAGAAGUGCCGGUGUAAUCCGUGUAAGGUUUUGCUUGUUCUUCGGAAACCAUGGCGGGUGGCCCCAUCGUGAGCACACAACAUCCUGAACUCGAUGACACCCCGACCGAGGGCUCGCGCACCUAUGCCAUCGUGGUCUGCGUCUUCGCCGCGCUCGGCGGCAUGUUCUUCGGCUACGAUCAGGGCGUGACGUCCUCCAUGCUCAUCAUGGACUCGUUUCUGAACGACUACUGCGUUGGCUGGCACAACUUCACCUACGAGGACUGCACACGCUCCACGUCCGACCUCCCCAGCGAAUGGACCACCUUCACGGUCUGGUACAACAUGGCAUACAAUCUGGGCUGCCUCGUGGGGGCCUUCAUCGGUGGCUUCGUGGCCGACAAGCUGGGUCGUCGCGCCACCAUCUUCUGCGCCGGUCUGCUCUUCUGUGGCGGCACAUGCUGGGUCUGCUUUAACAAGUCACAGGCGCACACGCUGAUGUACAUCGCACGCAUUAUCCAGGGCUUCGGCGUGGGUAACUCGUCGUUCUCGCUUCCGUUAUUCGGCGCCGAGAUGGCCCCCAAGGAGCUGCGUGGUAUGUUGUCGGGCUUCAUGCAGAUGACUGUGGUCAUCGGCCUGUUCCUGGCCAACGUCGUCAACAUCAUCGUGUACAACCACGACCGCGGCUGGCGUACAACCAACGGUAUCUCGAUGGCGCCGCCGAUCGUGGUGCUGCUAGGCAUUUGGUUCGUGCCGGAGAGUCCGCGUUGGACCUACAAGCAUAAGGGCAAGGAGGCGGCCGAGCGGAUCCUCAAGCGGCUACGCCAAACCGACAACGUCGGCCGCGAGCUGGAAGUGAUCGGCGAUCAAAUUGCAGAGGAGGAGGCGGAAGGUAAGGGUCUGUUGGAGAUCUUCGAGCCGAGCGUGCGAAAGCGCGUGAUCAUCGCCAUGCUACUGCAAGUGCUGCAACAGGCCACGGGCAUCAAUCCCAUUAUGAGCUACGGUGCGCUGAUCUUCAAGGACAUUACGAAAUCGGGACGCUACUCGGCCCUUUUCAUUUCAGGCGUUAAUUUCCUCAGCACAAUCCCGGCCAUGCGCUGGGUGGACACCUAUGGUCGUCGCACGAUGCUGCUUAUCGGCGGCGUGGGCAUGAUCGUCGGUCAUCUUUGGGCAGCCAUUCUGUUCACGGCUAUCUGCGACGGCAAUGUCGACAACGCCGGAUGUCCGACGGUAGGUGGCUGGUUCAUCUGCAUUGGUUCGGCCUUCUUCGUCUUCAACUUUGCCAUUUCGUGGGGACCCGUGUGCUGGAUCUACCCGGCCGAGAUCUUCCCACUCAAUGUUCGCGCGUCGGGUGUCGCCUUAUCCACGGCGGCCAACUGGGCCAUGGGUGCGGUCAUGACAGAAGUGGUGAAGUUGUUUCCGUCGCUCAACAUCGACGGCGUGUUCUACCUGUUUGCGGGUCUAUGUCUGAUCUGUCUGGUAUUCGUGUAUUUCUUCUGUCCGGAGACCAAGGGUAUCAUGCUGGAGGACAUUGAGGGGCUGUUCAACAAGAGCAAGGCGGCCAAGUCGCCGGAGUUCGUGGAGGUCAAGUCGCCCGUGAACCAAGUUUGAUACUAGUCGUAAACUAUUGCCACGGGAUGCGUCGUUGUUUUGUGUCCAGAUCUUUUUUUUUACUAACGAUACCAUCAUACCGUCAUCAGUGGAAAUCAAUGCUAUUAACUCCGAAAGCAAGUUCAAUACGAUUGGUCCCUUUUUUUACAUGCAUUUUUAAAUAAAUACUAAUAUUAAAGUAUAUGUAGUUUGCUUUAUGGUAGUACUAAAGCG